AUGGUUUUGAAGACUGAAUUAUGCCGUUUCAGUGGCCAGAAGAUAUAUCCUGGAAGGGGUAUCAGAUUCAUUAGAUCAGAUUCUCAGGUUUUCCUGUUUGCCAAUUCCAAAUGCAAGAGGUACUUCCAUAACAAGUUGAAGCCUUCCAAGCUCACAUGGACAGCCAUGUACAGAAAGCAACACAAGAAGGACAUUGCUCAGGAAGCAGUGAAGAAGAGAAGACGUGCAACCAAGAAGCCAUAUUCAAGAGCCAUUGUGGGGGCCACUUUGGAAGUUAUUCAGAAGAAAAGAAGUGAGAAGCCUGAAGUUCGUGAUGCUGCUAGGGAGGCAGCUCUUCGUGAGAUAAAGGAAAGGAUUAAGAAGACAAAAGAUGAGAAGAAAGCAAAGAAGGCAGAGGUGGUGUCAAAACAAAAGACUCAAAGCAAGGGUGGCAAUGCCCCUAAAGGUAAAGGACCUAAGUUAGGAGGUGGUGGUGGCAAGCGUUGAAAUUCCACCACUUUUAUUUUUUUGAUGAUUUUCUUGGUUGAACAUUUUAAUAUUUUGUAUUGUUUAUGAUAUUUGCUUCUGAGCGACCUUGUCUUUUAGAUGUUUGUUACUAUCUUUUACCAAUUUUGAGAGUGAAGCAUCUGCAAUAUGUUGUUUUGGAUCAAAUUAGGGUUAUGACUCUGGUCAUUGGAUUUUAGCAAACUUUAUGUUGUUUCAUUUUAGCUGUUGAUUUGUUUUGUUGAUUUUAGCAAUCUUUAUGUUGGUU